GCUCCGACAUCAAUGCUGCGAUACCCUAGAACUCGCUGCAAAGCUACCCUGAAUGUGCCUCAUCAAGUAUGAAAUUCUGCCUCCACAAGAUCCAUAAUACGCUGUUGGUACGAUUUGGUACAGAACUCACUAUCACCAUCUACGAUCUACGAUAACACCAUCACCUACAAUCACGAUGUCUCACAAAGCGCCAAGCGCAGGCACUAAAGUUACGACGGGCCGGAACGCCCCAGUGACACAGGAAGGCCCCGGUGCCAUCAACGACUCAUUAGCAGCCGAGUCGGAAGCUUUCCGUCAAGCCAACCGCGUUGAGGGCGCAUCAAUUUCUGCCCGCGCCCCUGGUUCUUCUACAGCCUAUACCCAGGGAUCCAUGCCCCGAGAGUCAGGCACCAGCGACGCUCAGGCUGCCCCGACAUACGUCAAUAGCCAAUACCGCCGCGACCCGAGCGGACCGCACGGCAAGAAUAUCACGGAGGACAACAGCAUUGGGACGGAAGACAGGUCUAAGAACGCUAGCUUCGCGGCGGAGAUCGGCUCGAAAGAUGACCCAAGCCUCUUGGCCGAGCAGAAGUUUAGCCAAGCCAACUCGCUCGGCGCAGGCGCUGGAGGUGCUCGCCAGAGGGCGGUCGACGACAAGACGCCCUACGAUGCGCUUGGCGAGGAGGCAGCCUAAAUUAGUGGAGGGGUAAUGAAUGGAUCGCGAAGAGGGGGUGAUCUUCAGCUGAGUCUCGGGACGUAGUUGCGCGCUCCUUAGCUGCAUAUGAGGAGGUCAGGGUCAUACAGACUUGUUAGAUAUGAGAAUCCAAAAGUCCAUCUUCAAUCAGUCGC